AUGGCAACCACCGAGACCUCUCCAUUAUUACCGCAGUACCAGCGCCCUGCUGCCAACCCUGCGACUACGUCACCACGCUCAGAUCGUCGGACUGUGACUUUCAAUCCCCUCACUACCAUCAGUACUUACAAUGGCACAUCUCAAUCCGAUUCCAUCAUACAGCCGCUACAGGCUAGCUCGCCGCCUGUUCGUCAUACGUCUUUGAAUCCUGUUGGACAGCCCAUGCUGUCGGCACUGAACAGUAAACUGCGAAGACGUAAUAGUGCAGGUUCGCCUGUCACGGCGGCUGCUGGGACGAUACAUGCGCCGAAGAUUGGUCCUCAGAGAACGUCGAAGAACACACAGAAAUUGAAGCUUUUACCGGACCCGGUUACUGGUAAUGACGAGGAAGUCAUCGAUGAUGGAUUCCCGAGAGACGUAUAUACGCAAAUUAGUCGGAUUAAAGAACCUACGGCGCGAAGGGCAGCUGCGAGGUUGGGUAAAGCAGAUCGCGAUCGUUUACCUCGAGUAACGGCAUAUUGUACAGCGAAUUCAUAUCGUUUAGAGGGCGUCAUGCGGUUCCUCAAAUCCAGGGACAAGACUCGCGGCGCCAAUCCGAAGCUGUUUGAUGAAUGUGUCUAUUCGCCGUUCGACUAUCAAUAUGAAAAGAAACAAGCAGAACAACAAGCUCAGACUCGAAAUGGACAGCACACAGAAGGACCCAGUCAAUCUCAACAGCAACGACUACCAGGCGAACGUAGAUACUCAGACAGCGCAGUGGAGGUGGAAGAUCAUGGCAAAAAUAUACGAGAAGAUUUGAUUGAUUUCCGCGACGACGAAACGACUCGUCCACAGUCAACCAGCGACAUCAACAAAUCAGUAACACAAGACGAAGAAGGCUUAGACCUCGACACUACCGUACAUACACCAGAGGUAUUCCUUUUCGACUACGGCACCGUGGUAAUAUGGGGCAUGACGCCUACCGAAGAAACCAGAUUUCUAGCGGAUGUCGCCAAAUUUGCAACUGCCAUUCUCAGCACAGAAGAUCGACAAGUUGAAAACUUCAAUUUCUACUAUGCGCGCGAUUACCAAGCACGAAUUUACAACGACUUCAUCUCCCUGCGAGACCCGCGCAAUCAUAUGAUCAAACUCGCUAUAUCCCACGCUUUGUCACAAUCUGUAAAGACAUCUCUAUUCGAAGACCUUGUCUCCGAGACUAUUGCAGCUACAGCCCCGUUUCCCGCCCAGAUCGCCAAAACGGGGAGUGUCAACAUGACGCGGAAACAAAUCAACAUGCAGAUUGGCGAGCUAUUUAUCCUACGAAUCAACAUUCAUUUACAGGGCUCUGUGCUGGAUAGUCCGGAGCUGAUGUGGGCAGAACCGCAGCUAGAGCCUGUGUACCAAGCUGUGCGUACAUACCUCGAAAUGGAUCAGAGGGUGGGACUGCUCACCGAGCGGUUGGAUGUUAUUGCGGAUUUGUUGGCAGUAUUGAAGGAUCAGUUGAGUCAUCGGCAUGGUGAAUAUUUGGAGUGGAUUGUUAUUGUCCUGAUCGCUGCCGAAAUCCUGGUUGCCGCUAUCAACAUUAUAGUUGAUUUGUAUGCUGGUGUGGAGUAA